ACGGCGGGAGAAUAGAUUUUAUCAGACGCGCGCCGCCCCCGCGCCGUCUGACAGUUUUUCAGCACUUCCCGAGCGCUGAAGUCUUGUUCAGUCCGUCAGUCGGCCGACGGCCGUCGCGGGGCGCGGAGCUCGCCACAUACAUACCCAACAAGCACAUUGUUUAUUUACAAACUGUCACAAUCAAUCACCAAGGGGACAACACAAAGCAACGCACUCACCAUUCCGCAUGGCGGACGAGGCGGCCGAGGCUCUGUUCGAGCGCCUGCGCCUUCUCCAGCAGCGCGCGCCGGACGCCGCUGAGGUGGCGCGCGCCCUCACUGCCAGGAUCAACGCGCGCCUCUCAUCACACGACAAACAUAUACGUCAAAGCACACUUGAUAAACUAUGGAACAAACAAACGGGAGCUAUACAGAUGCUACUGUCCAUAUUAGAGAACUCAAGAGAUACGCCUACAUUGACUUACAUUACAUCUAUAUUAAGAGAAGCAUUAUGUUUAAAACAAGGAAAAGGAAAAAAAUUUUCAGUAGCAAAUGAAGUGCCAGCUAGCAAGAAGAAGGAUAACAAAAAGACUGGGAAAGAAAAUAAAGUACCGGUAAUUAAAAAGGCGAACAACAUGAUACGGCAGCAAUGUUCGCAGCACUUCGUAUCCAUAAACGGCACUCAGGUGGUGCUCCGUACGCUACUGAGCGUUCACACUAAACGGGACAGCAAUGUCAGCACUGAGUUGAUGAUGCAGGACCUGGUAUGGGUGUUGGCAGCGCUUGCACCUAGAGAUCCAAAAUUCGCAAUGAAAGUAAGGAUGUUAGGAUGUGGGAGAACAAUGCAUCUUAUUUUAAAAGGUCACUACACGGACAAUAAGUUAAUAUUUCCUUUACUGGUUAUAUUGAAACAACUUGCAAAAAAUAGUGUAACAACUUCUAUUUUAAUACGAGAUGGAGCAAUAGCGACGUAUGAAAGAGUUUUAGUCAGUCUUGGAUUCAUCCCCACUGCACGACUUCGCCUUUGUCUCGACGCUAUCGACUACUUUAGCAAAAACAAGGUAUGCUGCAUGCAGAUCGUGAAGACAGGCCUUUGUAGCGUGCUGAUACGGGUGUUCGACCGGUGGGAUCGCUACGAAGGGCGCAUGAGACUAAAGAUUUGCGCACACAUCCUUCAGACUAUGCAACACCUCUGCAAUAUAAAAGCGGGACGUCGUGCUCUGUGUGUUAAAAAGCACGUACAAAUACUUCAUAGAUUUUGUGCUCAGUGUCCAGAUGAAGUAGAAUUCGAUGGUCUCUUAGCACGAGUAUGCUCCGUCAUCACUUUGUGCCUAAAGCAUCAAGCCUUGCCGGUGCCUUCUUGCAGUCCAACUUCAUUCAACCUCAACCCUAUAUUGAAAGGCACAAAUACAAUAUGGCCAUGUCAUGAUGAUGAUGAUGAUGGAGCAAACUCAGAUACAAAGACAAUUAAUUCAGACAUUGAAGAUGAUGGUCCUGAAAGUGAUAUUGAGGGCGCCGAUGAAUUUCCUGACUAUGAAUUUGAUAAUGAAACUGAAAUAAAAAAUGAAGAUAUGGAGAAAUCUCAAAUUAACAACAGCGGUGAAAGCUUACAAAGUUCUCUAUGGAUCAACCCUAAUGAGAGAGAUAUAGAAGACUUAAAAAAAUAUUAUAUUUAUUUUAAAGAAUUUGGAACCUAUAAUAAACAAGUUAGGUUGGUAAAAAGUCGAUCCAAUUCGCGCGGUUCCAUACUAGAAGAUUUUUUAUUUGUCCCACAAACAAGAGAAAAUCGCAAUCAACCAUCUCAAUCGGCGCUCUCCCUUGCUGGAGGUGUAGGAAAUACGGAUUAUGACGCCGUUUUAGGGUUAUCACAUUCAUUCUCCCAAGGAUACCAUAAAAUACAUGAAAGCACAUCUUCACCAUCUUGCUCUUCGCUCAAAAUUCACAAAGACAUUACGAAAUACGGCAAUUUUUCGUCAGCCUAUUCCACAAUUGCUUCAAGGGUCAAAAGUAUUAUACCUUUUGUAAAGGUAGCUUAUCCGGAUAUAAGUGGAGGGCAAGGUUCUAAUCAACCCGAGCCUCUAAAUAAGAUGGAGAGAACUGCUUGCAGGAACAAGCUGCUAUCGUGCGUAGAAAGAGCAAUAAAUCCAGAAUCGUAUAUGAACGAAGUUGUUUAUGAUUUAGAUACACUAUGCGCUUCUAAUACGACUGCAGAUUCUAUAUCACAGAGAAGUUUUAGCACAGAUAAUUUAUUACUUAACAAUAUCGAUGAACAAGAAAUUACAAAAAUGAACACUUUUGCGUCCAAACUGAGUUUUGAAUCGAGAUUUGAGUCGGGAAACCUUAGAAAAGCCAUUCAGGUAGGUCUCAGAGAAUACGAACUAAUACUCAUGCCCGAUGUGAAUUCUACAAAAAGACAUCAAUGGUUCUAUUUCGAAGUGCGCCACAUGCAACAGGGCCGCCCGUAUGUGUUCAACAUUGUGAAUUGUGAGAAAUCAGAUAGCCAGUUCAACUUUGGCAUGAAGCCUGUAAUGUAUUCUGUGAAGGAAGCUGUUCUCGGAAGACCAGGCUGGGUGAGAGCUGGGUCAGACAUCUGCUACUACCGCAACAGUUACCACUACGCCGGUCAGAAGAACAACAAAUGCUACCUAACAGUCACAUUCAACAUCGAGUUUCCUCACUCCAACGACGUGUGCUAUCUGGCCUAUCAUUUCCCAUUCACUUAUUCGAUGAUGAUGACGAGGAUUUGGCAGUGGAGCACCCAGAUGCCGCCGGGCGCCUACCUCCGUGCCGAGCCUCUUUGCUACUCGCUCAACAACAAUGAAGUUCCGUUGCUCACCAUAUCAGCAGAAGAUACACCGGCAAACCCUAUAGUUGACAGAGAGAUAAUAUUCCUCACGGCGCGCGUGCACCCUGGCGAGAGCAACGCGUCGUGGGUGAUGGACGGCACGCUGCGCUGCCUACUGGGCGACACGCAGCACGCUGCGGCGCUGCGGGCCAAGUACGUGUUCAAGAUCGUGCCCAUGCUCAACGUGGAGGGAGUCAUCAAUGGCUGCCAUCGCUGCGGCUUAACUAAUGAAGAUUUAAAUCGACGGUGGUGCAAGCCGAGUCCCGUUUUGCAUCCUUCUAUUUACCAUACCAAGGGCUUAAUAGAGUACCUAGUACGAGUUUGGAAGAAACCCCCGUUAGUGUACUGCGACUACCACGGCCACUCGCGCAAGAAAAACGUGUUCUUUUAUGGAUGCGCCGGCGCUGAGAGCUGGUGCAGCAACGACCGACUGGUGCCCGACGAACCUGUUAAAUACCUUAUGCUGCCCGCCCUCAUGCACCGGAUAUCGCCCGCGUUCGCGCUCGGCUCGUGUUCGUUCCGCGUGGAGCGCGAACGCGAGAGCACCGCUCGCGUCACAGUGUGGCGUCACCUCGGCGUCACCAGAUCCUACACUAUGGAAGCGUCCUUCUGCGGUUUUGAUCGGGGACCCUUUAAGGGGUUCCAUCUGAACACUCAACACCUCCAGAGCGUGGGCAGUGACUUCUGCGAGGCGCUCAACGGUCUCGGAGAUAACGCCAACGGGGUCGACAUCCAGCUCACUAAGGACCUUAACGGAAAUAUCGUUGAAGUUCAUUUAACCGGUGCAGUGGAAAACAGUGAGAUAACAGUGGACAGCGAAGCGGGCUCCGGAUCAGACAGCGUGUUGAAAACUGACUCCGAUGAGGAUUUCGACUAGAACCACCACGUUGUCGUAGAAUAAGCGUUCACUAGCGAUUACUUAUUAAAUCAGCUUUAAAAACAUCAAUUAAAUUAAACGGCCUUAAUUAAACUGUUAAGGUGUACGCACACGGCGAAUCGCGUCGCAAGCAUUGCAACGGAUACGUCGCUGGCUACCUACAACGAUUUUUAUCGUCCUUCAGAGGAUAAAAAUCGUACCCGUUUGACAUAACUAGCCAAAGUUCUAGUCCAAUCUGAACACGAGGCCUAUGUGGCAGUAUAUAAAUAUUUAUCUCAUCGUCACUAUUAAACCUGCGCAAGUUCGGCGUGUUGCAACUUCAGAACGGAAUAGGAGUUUGUCUAACUCUACGUAGAUGCAUUUCCUACAUUGCAACUUGUUAGUUUAAAGAAAAAAAAAGAAAGACAAUGAUUAUUAAUGAGUCCUCAGAGUAUGCAAUGCAUUUUAAAUCUAUAAAGUGCACGUCACUUUGAGUACCAUCCUUCAGGUAAAAAUGCAUACACACUGGUCGAAAACAGAACCUUCAUUUUUUAAAGUCAGUUAAAAAUAUUCAAGUAGGCUUAUUACUCACAUUCAAUUAAUGGCCGAAGUCCUGAGGCGUAUUUGCUAAGAAAUAUAUGUAUUAAUUGCGACGCGUUUUUGUCACCGUGUGUGGUCACCUUUAUUCUUUAUUCUUAACUGCCAUUAACGUAAGUGCUAUAAAUUUAAUAGUGAUUAAAUAAUCUGUUCUAAUAUUUUCAUAGUAAUAAUUACAUUUUUUUAUACUUACAAUUUACACAAGGGUUGCACUGAAUAUGUUUUGAAAAUUGAUCGUAUGUCUGUGAUUGUUUUACGAUUUUGUUUGUUGUGAUAUUAAAAUUAAUUUUGUGUCUUGUGAUCUCAGUAACUAAUAUAAAUUAUGUAAAUCUA